UCGCGUCGCGCGUUUCCCUCGACGGCUGAAAGAGGGAUCGUUCGCCCCGACGUUCACGAAAGUCCGUGAAAACGCCGCGCCGGAACGUCAGAUUCGUCAUUUGUUUCGUUUAAUUACGGCGUCCAAGAAUAACUCGCGUGGCCGAAGGAGGCCCUUCGCGCGGCGUCGGAUGCGUUCCUUCUCCGAAUCCGUUUUCAAGCAACUUGUCCUGCAUUAAGCUACUAUGGAAUCUGGAAGUAACCUGCCCAAUCCGGGCACUUAUCCCGGAGGAGAUCGUCAGCAGUUCUGUGUCUCUUGGAAUUCCCAUCAGUCGAACAUGCACAGUGCGUUUCCAAAGUUACUCAGCUCGGAGCAGUUUGUCGAUGUGACUCUUGCUUGUGACGGAGGUUCGAUAAAGUGUCACAAGGUUGUAUUGUCCGCCUGCAGCGACUACUUGGAACGUCUUUUGUUGGAGAUCCCAUGUACUCAUCCUGUCAUCUUUCUGAGAGACAUGAAAAUGUGGGAGCUUCAAGCCCUGGUUGAAUUUAUGUAUCGUGGGGAGGUGUAUGUGGAACAACAACAACUCGCUACUUUAAUGCAAGCAGCGGAAGUUUUGCAGGUUCGUGGCUUAUCCACUCAGGGAUGUGAUAACACGGUGAAUGAGAGCAAUACACAAUCAUGUGAUUCUAAUGCACCUGUCACUCCGUCGACUCCUACUCCCGGUGACAGCAACUUCAAGGUGGAGACAUCAUCUAACGAUGAAAGUACCUCUGAUUUUAUCCCAUGUACGGCAAUGGCUAGCACAGGAAACAACUCGUCCUCUAUCACACCUCCUGUUUCACAAAAUCCUAACUCCUCCAACUUCGUAAAUAUGGAACAUAGCGAAGCGCUACAACAUUUAGAAAAAGCUCUUAGCGCUUGCGAAGCGACUCUUACCGAAACUACAGGAAUGGUAAAAAUGGAGCCGGAUGAGCAGUUUGUACAACAGCAGGAUGUUAAACCGUAUUCCAUUAGUAUGGUAUCCAGUAAUAAUUGCAAUCCUAGCAGCCCAUUCCCUGCGAUUGAAGGUGAGCCUAAAGGUUAUCAAAGACGACAAAGGCGUUCGGAAGAGGAACUCAAGCAAGCUUCGGACAUGGUGGCACGCGGCAUGACGUUUCAAGUAGCUUCGGAAAAGUACAAGAUACCGAUCAGCACAAUUCGCUUUUACAUGGUCAGAAAGGGCAUUCUGCAGAGGCGAAAACGCGGCCGCGGCUCCAGCAAUCUGGGUAUGAAUAGCCAACCGAGUAGUCCGGCCAGUCCACCGUAUCAUAUGAUGAAUUACCGUUUGCCAGAGAGCCUAAAUUCCAGCCUACCGUAGUGCUGUACAAAGAAGUAGAAGACUGCCUGAAAAACCCAGUUUUUUUUAAGUACAAAGAUGCAUAUUAUUGUACCAUGGAGUAUACUGAAGUACACUGGAGUAUAAUCGUAUACUUAGUAUGUAUUAUAUUAUAAUAACUCUACGUAAAGCUAGCGGCAGAACAUACGCAAUACAUAAUUCGUGGUUCACCAUUCGUAUGACAUUUGCAAGUAGUAUAUACGGAAACAGAUGUUUGCUAAUAGAACGAUUUUUCAACGAAAAUAUGAGAAUAUGAGAAUUAUUACGAAUCGUUAGUGGUCUUUAUUUGUACACUAUAGUGCAAACGAUAAACUAGAAAUCAAGGACAGAUAUAGAGAGAAAGAAGAGAUUUACUUCUCGGUUUUGCCAUUCAUAUAUUAUUUCCGAGUUUUGAGAGUUGGAAUAUUUAUUGUUCCUUUCGUUGUGGUAGAACUAAAGAUGCAAAAUUCAAGGCAACUUGAUAGCUGCGUUUCUCGAAAAAUUGAGCUGUGAGUGUUAGAAGGAAAUCGUUCUUAUACUCUUAACGUCCUCGAUUUUUUUUAUAUUUGCGACAUCUUCCAAUGUCCUUGAUUUACUCGGCUGUUUGGAAGGCGUUCUAUAUUUUUUCAUUUUUUUAGCAUAUUUUUUCGUAUGACGGAUUUCCGCGAAUUUAUUGCGAAUCAGGAAUUGUGAAUCAUGAAUUUAUGCUAAUGCCACGCGAUAUGUGGUAGUUUUUAAAGAGGCAGUUUAUUUUUAAGUUUUUGGGGAUUUUUUCUUGAAUAUAAUAGAGACAAAGAAUGAAGCUUGCGAUUUAUAAUUUAUAUAAUCAUAUAUUGUUUUGUUUUAUCUCAAGCAGAAGAAAUGUUGAAUAGCUAUGACACGUAUUGACGCUUUGUUCUUAGAGAAACAGCUACAAUUUUUUAAAUGACAAUACUUUAAAGCUAAGUUUCUAAUUUUUAUUUAAUAGCGUUUUCUCUUGGCUGCACUAUCGCUCCUCUAAUACAGCACUCAGACAGUGUAUUGUGUUUCCAUGGCUGAUGGUAAGCGAAAUCAUUCGGUGUACCGUGUUUCCGUGGUUACGGUGUAGUGCAAAUUUUAUGCACGAAGUGGGAUUUUGCUACACCGUCUCAAAGCGACAUUGUAGAGCCAGUGUGACAUUUAAAAUUUGAAAAUGGAAGUCAAGCGAGAACAGGGUUUUAGCGCAAUAAUGAUGUAGUGUACACCACUCUAGUGUAGUGUAGCUGAGUGUAGCUGAGUGUAGCUUACACGCAACUGGUGCAGUGCGAGGCAGCACCCAGUGUAUCCCAAGAGAAAACAUUAUAAAAUUAUUUUUAGAUAAAAAUACACUGGAACCUUGAAUAGCAAACCUCGAAAUAGCGCAAAAAAAUCUCUUUUAUGCUGUGAGUAGUAUGAGUGGGAAGUAGCCAGUAGCUAAAAUCUUGAAUUUUAUUGUUUUGGAAUGAAGUAAGAGCAAUCUCGUUAUAGCGUUUACACUUCCCAACUGAGCGUUAUUACGAGGUUUCAGUGUAAAUCUGUAUAGAUUUAAACUUUCAAUAUAAUCCUGUAAAUAACUUGAAUGUGAUCUUAAAUAAAAAAAGGUAAAUUAAUUUUUUUCUUUAGA